AUGUCUGGACUCAGAGAGUCGGCAUUCCUGCCGACCAUCAAGUGUUCGUCAUGUGGCAUGCAGGUCGAAAUCUCCCUGAUGGGAGAACACGUGUGUCCGUCGGUCGAGCGUAAGUCAUCUCAUACAUGCCACGAUGCGGUAAUUACCUAUAAAAUGCACAUGGCUCCGGGACCGUUGACCCCUGUGAGCCAGCCGGGAGGCUCGCGCAGUGUUUCACCGAUGACGCCGUACAGACCAUCUUUUGCCGACCAGGCAAAAGACUUCUUCUCAUUCAGCGCCGUCAAAGUAGAUGAGCCAGCGCAGAUACCCGAAAAACCAUCCGACGCAAACGGCCAUCGCAGCUCCAAAAGCAUGGCCGCUUUGACGUCCACACCCGCCUCCACCAAACCACUUGGUUUCAUGGAACGCAUGAACACCAUUACCCCAGGACCUUUUGAUACUAGCCAGCGACCUUCGACUUCUCACGGAGCCUUUCCAGCGAAGAAGCAGUCGAUCACCAAAUUUGGCCUACCUGUAUCAGAAGAGCCGGGGCGAAUCACUGAGCGACCCGGAACAAGUAGUUCUAGUUUGUCAUCCGGAAGCAGCAAUGUCCCAUCAACCCCAAAGCAGCCCCAAAAGAAUGGAUACGAAGGGUUCGGCCCGCCGUCGGCGCGCGCGUUGGAUCCCAAUGGCAUGGCACCGCCUAUGAGGGCUGAAACUUUCCCGAGGCCCUCGCCUGGUGUAGGGGAAACUCCGCGGCGUCCAUCUUACUCGAGCCCACGGUCCGGCCCAUUGGCCUCUAUGGGAGCCGAAGGAGAACGACGGCCCUCUCUGGCUCCCGACACAUCGAGACGACCCCCGCCUCGCAAAAGCCUUAUUCCCUCGCACUUGCCGACGGCCUCUCUCAACUUGGCCGAAGAGUUUGGUGUUAGCAACCCAUAUCAUACGUCGUCGGACUCUGCCUCCUCAGGUUACUCGACUUUUAGCAACCAAAGCCAAAACACCGCGCAGACAAGCCCGCCGAGAUCUGAGGCGCGUAACAGCAUACCAGAUGCGCUUAGGUAUCCCCUCCGAGACAGUCCCCGCCAAGACAGUCCCAGGUUACACAGAGGGAAUCUCCCCAUUCCGUCUCGAGGUGACUGCAAAGCUUGCGGAGAACCCAUCACUGGGAAGAGUGUUUCAUCUGCCGAUGGGCGAUUAACUGGUAGAUACCACAAGGCAUGCUUUGUGUGUGCCACAUGCUCGAACCCAUUCACCUCUGCAGAAUUCUACGUUUUGAACGACAAGCCAUAUUGCGAGCAGCACUACCACAAGCUCAAUGGCAGCUUGUGUGGAACCUGUGGGCGAGGCAUCGAGGGACAGUUCGUCGAGGAUGAGUCUCGUGUCAAGCACCACAUGGACUGCUUCUGCUGCUUGGAUUGCGGCCGACCACUUUCGGAUGGCUACUUUGAGGUUGACGGCAAAGCCUAUUGCGAGCAAGAUGCCCUGAGGAGAACUCAACCGCCACCGCCUGCUCCAUUCCCGCAGGGACCAAGGAGAGGCGGCUACGGAGGUCCGGGCCCCCGACCAUACGGCGGACCACCUGGACGUAUGGGUCCAGGUCCAGGAGGCCCGGGACCUCGACCAGGUUACGGUCCCCCUGGCCUACCCAGAGGACCAGGCCCGUACGGCGGACCACCACCCGGCCGCCUCGGACCCGGCAUGGGGCCUGGCAUGGGACCUGGUAUGAUGGGGCCCGGUAUGAGGGGACCUGGUAUGAGGGGACCCGGCCUAGGUCCAGGUCCACUGCCCAAGAUGAACAAGAGGAUGACAAGACUGGGCAUGAUGUAA